UAUGGCACAGAUAAUUAUCAUCAGUUUUCAAUGUGUUCCUCUAACUCUUCAUAUACCAUGAAAACUUUGGUUAUCUUGUUCAUUCUUGGCUUGAGAAAUUCAGGAAUAUCCUAUGCAAGUAUAAUUGGAUAUGCAGGAAGUUUUAAUGUCUUGGAUUAUGGAGCUGCUGCUGAUGGUAUUACAGAUGAUUCUCAAGCAUUUCUUAAUGCUUGGAAUGAUGCAUGUUCAUCAGCUGGUGGAUCUCCUGAAGUGAUUAUUCCUCCAAAUAUGAUAUUUUUACUUAGUCCUCUCACAUUCAGAGGUCCCUGCAAUUCUGAAAACAUCUAUUUUGUGAUAUCAGGUAGACUCGUUGCACCAAGCUCACCUGCUAUAUGGACCGGGGAGGAUGCGAGUCAGUGGCUGGCUUUCAGAAAUGUUAGCGGUCUAAUAGUCGAUGGCUCAGGAACCAUUGAUGGGCAGGGACAAGGAUGGUGGGAUCAAUCAUGUAGAUACCACCCUGACAUGGUAUGUCACAAGAUACCAGAUAAUUCUAAUUCCACCGUUACUAUUAGUAAUGGUCCGAGGGUCUGCCGAAAACAACCUCUCUUACUUUCUCCAGGUAGGAGUAAGAACUGCGAAGGAUGCACAAGAUUAGCUCCUACUGCCUUGAAGUUCAUUUUUUGCAGUCAGAGUUCCAUCAGUAACAUUUACUUUGGCAACAGUGCUCAAACUCAUAUACUUAUAGAGAGAUGCAAUGGAUUCAAAGUGGAUAGUGUAUUGAUUGAAUCUCCAGGAAAUAGUCCAAAUACUGAUGGAAUUCACAUUCAGUCUUCUCAAUAUGUGGCCAUUACCAAUUCUAAAAUCAGCACUGGGGAUGAUUGUAUUUCAAUUGGAGAUUACUCUUCUAAUGUACAAAUAUACAACAUUCAAUGUGGACCAGGUCAUGGUAUAAGUAUUGGAAGCUUAGGGAAAGGUGGUAAUUUUGCUCAAGUUGAAAACAUUCAUGUGAGCAAUGCUUUCUUCUAUGGAACUACAAAUGGAGCUCGUAUCAAGACAUGGCAGGUUGGCAGAGGAUAUGUACGAGAUGUCAUAUUUGAGAAUCUUGAAUUUAACUCAGUCAAGAAUCCCAUUAUAAUUGACCAGAAUUACUGCGACGUUCGAGGAGCUUGUAAGGAAAUGGUAACUGGAGUGCAAAUUAGCAAUGUUAUUUACCAGAAUAUAUUUGGAACAUCGAGCACAGAUAUCGCAAUAAAUUUGAACUGCAGUAUGUCAGUGCCAUGUACUGAUAUAACAAUGCAACUAAUACAACUAACAUCAGCGACACCAGGAACAACGACACAAGGAAGGGAAGUCACUGCUUAUUGUAGGAAUGCAUAUGGCCAAGAAUAUAGUAUUGAACCUGGUCCUUGUAUCUCAUAAUAUUGAGAUUUUUACUUUUUCUCAACACUUACUUGAUAGUGCUAACACCAACAAUUCUUUGUUGUGUGCAUAACUAGAAAAGGAAAGGAAAAAACAUGCAAAAUGAAACAAACUUGUCAGUUUUGUUUUGGCUUUUAUCUUUUGAUUUUAAGGUUUAUGUACCGUAGUUGAUAUUGGAUGAAAAUGAGACUUGCUGAGUUCUCUAAACUAUUUCUUUUAACAUUUUUUUAAAAGAAAUGGGGCAGGACAAUUUCAUAUGGAGGCAUUUUCCUUACUUGUUUAUACAGGUCUAGUUUCUCUUAUGACCUAUCAACAUUCAGAAAGACUGAACAAAAAUCCAAUUCCAACCUAUGUGAUAUGGGCCUCAACAGAACUUGCAUAGUUAUCUUCAAUGUCCUGUUGAAUAUGCUGAAGUUCUUGCUGCUCAACCGCUUGGUCCUUGUCGCAUGUUUCUGCAAAAAAA